ACAGGUUACCACCUUUUGAAUGGCGCGCAAAAGCGGUCCGAUUGCUUACUCAAUCAUUUCUCUUUCCUUAAAACUAUUAUAAACGCCUCCCUAGCUAACCCCAAUACCCCAUUCUUUGCAUUACCCUUUACUCCCACUCUCCCCCACCAUGGCCAAGCUCUUCCCCAUUCUCACCACCUUUCUCCUCUUCUUCUUCUUCUCCUCCUCUUCGUGCUGGGCGCACUCCGAAGAGCAGAUGAGCAGCUUCCUGCGGAGCGAGAAGCGCGUCGAAAAGGCGGCCUACGAGACGCAGAGCCACUUCCAGUUCUUCUGGCACGACAUCGUGAGCGGGCCGAGCCCGACGUCGGUGCGUGUGGCGCAGGCGCCCUCAGAGAAGAACUCGACGACGAGCUUCGGCACCAUCGUCAUGAUCGACGACCCGCUCACGGUGGGGCCGAACCUGUCGUCCCCCUUGGUGGGCCACGCCCAGGGGCUCUACUCCUUCGCGGGCAAGGACAGCGUCGGCCUCCUCAUGGCCAUGACCUUCGUCUUCGCGCAGGGCGACUACGCCAACAGCACCAUCGUCAUCAUGGGCCGCAAUGACGUCUUCUCGCAGGUGCGCGAGAUGGCCGUGGUCGGCGGCAGCGGCCUCUUCAGGCUCGCCCGUGGCUACGCGCAGGCGCGGACGCACACCUUCGACCAAACCACCGGUUACACCGUCGUCCAGUACGAUGUCUUCGUCACUCACUCUUAAUCCUCUGCACCGUGUUUCUAUAUAUUAUUAAUAUGUUAUGUUAUGAUCUGCACAAUAUUUUUAUUAAAUAUAUAAUAAUUUAUAAAAAUAAUAUUUUGAAGUAUUUAAAAUA